AAUAAUCUUGUGGAAGAGGAUCCGGCGAUUAUUGAUCAUAUCAGGCUGCUCGUGAAAAAGUUACCACCGCGAAAUGUCGACGCUCUGAAGUUUGAAAUGGAUAAUCUGAUGACAGCUUCAAAUCUGGGAGCUGUGAUAUCGCCAUCGAUGAUCUGGAAACAUCCAUCUUGUACCAGUAACAGUAACUCGUAUCUUUCUCACGCUCAUCAAAUGAGCAAAGCUGUCGAACUGCUUAUCAAACAUGCAUUUGUUAGUUGUCUUGACUGUUGUUGA